AUGGCAGAGGGAGACGACAAGAAAGAAGAUGAGUUCUUGGCGAAGCUAGCUGAUGGUGAAACACCAUUGUAUCCAAGUUGUGCAAACCAUAGCAAGUUAUCUGCUAUUGUAUCAUUAUUUAGAUUGAAGACUAAGAAUGGUUGGUCUGACAAGAGCUUCAAUGAUCUGCUAGAGACAUUGCCGGAGAUGUUACCAGAGGAGAAUGUGCUACACACUUCACUGUAUGAGGUUAAAAAAAAUUUGAAGUCAUUUGAUAUGGGUUACGAGAAGAUUCAUGCAUGUGUCAACGACUGCUGCCUAUUCAGAAAGAGGUUGAAGAAGCUUGAUCACUGUCCUAAAUGCAAGGCUUCAAGAUGGAAGACUAAUGUCCACACUAAUGAAACGAAGAAAGGAGUCCCGCAGAAAGUGUUAAGGUACUUUCCAAUAAUCCCAAGGCUGAAGAGAAUGUACCGGUCUGAGGUAAUGGCCAUGGAUUUACGGUGGCACUUCAGCAACAAAAGCACUGAUGGAAAACUUCGACACCCCGUUGAUUCAGUCACAUGGGAUGAGAUGAAUGCCAAAUACUCUACCUUUGCCGCUGAAGAAAGGAACAUGGGGCUUGGACUUUCAGCAGAUGGAUUUAAUCCAUUCAAUAUGAAGAAUACGAUGUACAGUUGCUGGCCAGUUUUGUUAGUCAACUACAACUUGCCACAUGAUUUAUGCAUGAAGAAGGAGAACAUCAUGCUUUCAUUGUUGAUUCCUGGUCCACAACAGCCUGGUAAUAGUAUAGAUGUGUACUUAGAACCCCUCAUCGAGGAUCUAAACCAUAUGUGGAGCAUUGGAGAGUUAGUGUACGACGCAGUGACUCGAUCAACGUUUACUCUGAAGGCGAUGCUGCUUUGGACGAUCAGUGAUUUCCCAGCUUAUGGGAAUCUUGCAGGCUGCAAAGUAAAGGGAAGAAUGGGGUGUCCUUUAUGUGGGAAGAAUACUGAUAGUAUGUGGUUAAAGUUUAGAAGAAAGCAUGUGUACAUGUGCCACAUAAAGGGUCUACCACCAGUUUGUAGAUUUCGUGGAAAGAAGAAGUGGUUCGAUGGAAACGCUGAACAAGGGAGAAGGGGAAGGACUUUAACCGGGCUUGAAAUAUCUCAAAACCUAAGAAAUUUCAAGAAUGAGUUUGGAAAUGUUAAACGAUCUGGAAGUAAGAGGAAAAGGGUGGUCUGUACAGAUAUAAGAUCUGAUACUGACGGUUUAUCCAGUGAAUCAGAGGAAGAGGAAGAGGAAUAUGAAGAAGUCAAAGUAGAUGAGGAUGAGUUAUCUAGAUGGAAGAAGAGAUCAAUCUUUUUCAAACUACCUUAUUGGGCGGAACUCCCGGUGAGGCACAACUUAGAUGUAAUGCAUGCUGAGAGAAAUGUCUCAGCUAGAUUAGUUUCGACACUGUUGCACUGUGGAAAAUCGAAGGACGGUCUUCCUGAUCGUAAAGAUCUGGAGGAUCUUGAUGACUGUAAAGUCACAGGUCUGAAAUCACAUGACUACCAUGUGUUGAUGCAACAACUUCUUCCGAUUUCUCUUAAAGGGUUGUUACCUAAAGGACCUAGGCUAGCAAUUACAAGGCUAUGCGCAUUCUUCAAUUUGUUGUGUCAGAGAGUGAUCGACAGGGAGCAGCUUUUGGUCAUGGAAGCGGAGAUUGUGGAGACUCUCUGCUUGUUCGAAAGAUAUUUUCCUCCAAGUUUCUUCGAUAUCAUGGUCCAUUUGACUGUGCAUCUAGGAAGGGAAGCCCGACUUGUUGGACCAGUCCAUUUUAGAUGGAUGUACCCAUUUGAGAGGUACAUGAAAGUACUCAAAAACUUUGUCAGAAAUACUGCAAGACCAGAGGGGUGCAUCGCUGAGUCAUAUCUAGCUGAGGAAUGUAUCAAGUUUUGCAGUGAGUUUCUGAAGAAGACAACAAAUGUAGAAGAUAAAAGUGAAAGAAACAUGGAGUAUGAGAACAGCUCUAUCUUAGAGGGGCGUCUGAUAUCCACCGGAACCUCAAUUACACUCACUGAAAUGGAGAAGAAAAUAACACAUCUUGCUAUGGUUCUCGUAGAACCUUAUGUAGAGUAA